AUGGCAACAUUCACCCCUAUCCCGCUUCCCCAAAUUGAUGAACCGGCCGAGUACAACACGAACUACGUUCUGUAUUGGCACCAUGUCGGCUUGGAGCUUAACCGCGUUACACAUACCGUCAAAGGCCCGCAGACUGGCCCACCAAUCUCCGCUAGAGCUCUGGGCAUGCUCCAGUUGGCUGUACACGAUGCCUACUUCGCCAUCUGCCCCUCUUCUAGCUUCCCGACCUUUUUGACAUCUGGUGCCGACAAUCCUGCCUAUGCUCUGCCCGAGCUGCACGGCGCGGACGAUGCCCGCCAGGCGGUAGCUGGUGCUUCUGUUACUAUGCUGUCUAUGCUUUACAUGAGGCCCCCUACCACCCCCAACCCCGCCACCAUUUCUGAUGACGCCUAUGCACAGCUUCAGUAUGUCAUUGACAAAUCAGUAAUCGAUGCACCCGGUGGUGUAAAUACAGCGUCCUACAGUUUCAAAUUCGGAAAGGCAGUAGCUACUGUUUUCUUCAACCUACUCUUCCACGCUCCAGGUACCGACCAAGCUGGCUACCACCCCACACCCGGCCCAUACAAGUUCAACGAUGAGCCCACUCACCCCGUCGAGCUUGUUCCCGUUGACGCAAACAACCCGGAUGGUCCUAAGCGGCCUUUCCGCCAGUACCACGCCCCGUUCUAUGGCAAGACUGCUAAGCGUUUUGCUACACAGACUGAACAUAUGAUUGCUGACCCACCCGCCAUCCGUUCUGCUGCUGGUGAGCAAGCUGAAUAUGACGAUAGUGUUCGUCAAGUCAUUGCCAUGGGUGGAGCUACCGGUCUCAGCUCCACCAAGCGCAGCCCCUUCCAGACAACUCAAGGCAUAUUCUGGGCCUACGAUGGUCCUAAAUUGAUCGGCACGCCACCUAGACUUUACAACCAGAUCGUCCGCCGCAUCGCAGUGACAUACAAGAAGGAAGAAGACUUGACUGGCAGCGAAGUUAACAACGCAGACUUUGUCCGUCUCCUUGCUCUGGUCAACGCAGCUUCUGCUGAUGCGGGAAUCUUCUCCUGGAAAGAGAAGUGGGAAUUUGAAUUCUGGCGACCACUCUCUGGUGUUCGUGACGAUAACUUGCGCGACCCAAAUCGCCCAGAUCGUGGCGACCCUUUCUGGCUUACUCUCGGCGCCCCAAAUACAAACACAGACGACAUCCCUUUCAAACCCCCCUUCCCCGCUUACCCCUCUGGUCACGCCACAUUCGGCGCCGCCGUCUUCCAGAUGGUCCGCCGCUACUACAACGGGCGAGUUGGAAACUGGAAAGACGAUGAAGUGGACAACAUCGCCAUCGAUUUCGUAUCCGAAGAGCUCAACGGCUUGAGCCGUGAUCUCCGCCAAGACUACGACCCCAAAGCGCCCAUUACUGAUCAGCCAGGUAUCGUGCGCACACGAGUUUUACGCCACUUUUCUUCCGUCUGGGAGAUGAUGUUCGAGAACGCAAUCUCGCGUAUCUUUCUCGGUGUCCACUGGCGCUUCGAUGCUGCGGCCGCCAAGGAUAUUUUGAUCCCCACGACGACAAAGGAUGUCUACGCUGUAGACAACAACGGCGCUUCCUUGUUCCAAAAUAUCGAGGAUAUCCGUUAUACGACUAUGGGUACAAGGGAGGGUCACGAUGGGCUUUUGCCGAUUGGUGGUGUGCCGCUUGGUAUUGGGAUUGCGAAUGAGAUCUUUGAUACAGGUCUCAGGCCUACCCCAUCGGAGAGACAGCCAGUGCCGCCGCCUCCAGUCAACCAGAGGGGACCGACGAAGGAGAUGUUGGAGGAAGCGGGAAGUGAGGAGCAGGUCCCUAUGAUGGAUGUUGCGCCCUGA